CCAUCCCCUCUGCUCGGUCAUGGCUCGCGUCUUUGGAGAGGAUGAUUUUGUGUGAUUUUUGCUUUUCUUGACUUUCCUGCGCGCGUUUGUCUAAGGGAGGUCUUCUGGCGUUGGGGGCAACAUGGAUCCUGGUGUUGAAUCAACUAGCUACGUUCAUGUAUCUUGCUUACGUGUGGAUGAUGAGCGGCGGCGGGCUUGUGUUCUUGGACAUCCCGCCGGUCGUCUGCUGCUGGUGUGGAGUUGGUAUAUUGCACAGGGGAGUGAGAUUGAAGCAUCACGACUGCGGCAAUCUACGGACGCGACAACAGUGUUAGCCAACAGAUGGUUAUGGUGUGGAUAGGUUCGGAACGGGACGGUUUUGUAAUUAUACCAGGGAAAUGACGAGACUUUUUACUGGUGCU